AUGGCAACAUUUGAUAAUAAUUCGAGUAUAACAAAUAUUGAACCAUGGUACAUUCCUAUGGAUAUUUUGAGAAUUGUAUGUAUCAUCAUGACGAUUGUUAUUGCUUUGAUCUUAUUGGCUAUUAUCGCUUCUAAGCAAAUACCUCGAACUGCACCAAUGAUGUUGAUGGCCAACGCAUGCCUUAGUGAACUCGUCUGUGUAUGUACUGCCUUAGGCUUAGCUGCAUUUACACUUGACAAUGACCUAAAACGAAUUCAAUAUCAAGAUUCAUUAUGCGUUUUUCGAGCUUACAUCAAUUAUAGUAUGACUGUUAUACAAAAUCAUUCUUAUAAUCUUCAAGCUAUCUAUCGAUAUGUUACUGUGGUAUAUCCAACUCGUAUCUUUUGGCAAUCAUGCCGACUUCAACUUUGUCUGAUUAUUAUAACAUGGAUUUUUGGUCUAGUAGCCUUUAUACCAUUUUUAUUUACUGAUUAUAUAAAAUAUAAUGUUGAAAAUCAGAUAUGCCAAGCACCUAUUCGACUUUCGUUUGCCAUAAUUUAUAUUGCACUUGUUAUUUAUAUAAUUCCAAAUAUGAUUCUUAAUAUAAUUUAUAUUAAACUAAUUCGAUAUGUUCGUGACAUGAAUAAACGAGUAACAUCUGCAAAUGUCUUAGCUCGUGCUGAACGAGAAUUAAAAAUGGUUCGAAAUAUUGUUACAAUCUCAACUAUUCUUGUCAUUCUUGGUUUACCAUAUGCAAUAUUUAUUUUAAUGUCAUUUUUUACAACUAUACCAAAAUAUCAUUUUCGUAUUGCUUUUAUAUUUAUUGACAUCUCAACAACAGCUACUAUGAUUGCUCUAUUCAAAACUACAGAUGUAAUUAAACUGGCUGCAGUACAGACCGUAACUGAAUUAAUAACUAAAAUCACACGAGCAAAUACAUAA